AUUUCUCCGUCACUACUAAAAGCUAGAAACCCGAAAUUCCUUUUUUCUUCUCCGACCCUCCUCUCUCUCACAGCGGCCAGAAAAUGGUGUCGAAGAACCCGAACCCGGCCGAAGGAUUCUACCUGGAUCCUAACGGAAUGGCGCUCCCGGGACUCGGCCCUUUCGCCAACUCUACCGCGGCGGCCUCCAACCCGCCGGCGAGUUCCGCCGUCGACGAUCCGAGCAAGAAGGUCCGGAAGCCGUACACCAUCACCAAGUCGAGGGAGAACUGGACCGAGCCGGAGCACGAUAAGUUCCUCGAAGCUCUCCAGCUUUUUGACCGAGAUUGGAAAAAGAUUGAAGCAUUUAUUGGAUCCAAGACUGUUAUUCAGAUACGUAGUCAUGCUCAGAAAUACUUCUUAAAGGUUCAGAAAAGUGGAACGGGUGAACAUCUGCCUCCUCCCCGGCCUAAAAGGAAAGCUGCUCAUCCAUACCCUCAAAAGGCCUCAAAAAAUGCGGUUGCAGCGCUUCCGCAGUCUUCUGGAUCUAUCCAGUCAUCAUCUGCUCUUCUUGAGCCCAGUGUUCCACCCGACUCCCCGUCAAUGCCAUUGAACCCUAUUACAAGUGCAGCUGCAGUAUCCUGGAAAAACAAUGUCCCUGCAGUCUCUUUGUCGAACCAAGGAAAAGCUCCAUCUUUGUCAAAUAAUUGUUGUAGCAGCACUGAGAGUACUCCAAGAACAAAACAAGUUGUUGAUGUGGCCGAGCAAGCAAAUCCAUUAAGAGUUCUGCCAGACUUUUCACAAGUCUACACAUUCAUUGGCAGUGUCUUCGAUCCAAAUGCUGGUGACCAUUUGCAGAAGCUUAAGAAAAUGGACCCUAUAGAUGUUGACACGACGCUGUUGCUGAUGAGAAACCUGUCCAUUAAUUUAACCAGUCCUGAUUUUGAGGAUCAUAGAAGGCUGCUUGCUUCCUACGACACGGAUGCAAACAGGAUAUGAACUGUUGCUUGAUCCGGGCAAGGUAAAUUGGCCGGACGGGAAGAUCAGUAAAAGCUUCUACCGCCAACAAUUAAAGGUGCACAACGCGCUCUGUACAGCUCACCAGUUCCCCUCUUUGGCCAGUCCUUCGGCUUUGUUGUAAUCUUACAGGUAGUGUGUAUAUGGGAUUUGAAGAAGAGGAGAAACAAUAACUAGUACUAGCAGCAGCUGCUGCUGCUCCAGAGCGCGGGUGUAUAGUUGGUGAUUCCCGGUAAAGGCCUUGCUGUACAGCACCUCCUGCGACGGAGGAAAGAAGGAAUUCACGCACCUAAUUAGCGAGAGUAUGUAAUUAAAGUUUUGAUCACAAGCUUGUUCAACCGUUGUUAAGUGUAAUUAAUGCAGCCUCCACAAUCACCUUUGACGCCUUCCUAUGUGAAACCUGGGGCGUCGGUCUGAGUUUUUGAGUCCCGGUUCUUCGGUGUAGCACCGUUAAGAAUUGAGUAUAACAUAAGCCUUUUGAGAGCUCAUUCUACCUUUGAGCCAGGCCUUGGUGGUAAGCUUGCCCUAGAGACACAUCUAAAUACUGAUGUUUCAAUUCCUUGGCCUCUGCUUUCUAAAUUCUAACGUGUAUGCUAUUAAUUACAAGUCGAAA